GGAUCAAGCUGGGCUCCCUGUGGGUUGGGGGUCCCCCCACUUCUGGAAUGAGCCCAAAAUGGGAGGGAAGAAAUCUAGGUUCUAGGCCUGGCUGUACCAUGACUUGCUGACUGACCUUGGACAAGCUUGCCCCUUGUUGGAAUAUGGGAUGACUGUAUCUGCUCCAUCCAGUAGUUGGGAAGAUCAAGAGAAGUAGCAGACCUGGAGGGGAUUUGCUGUGAAGAGUUGUGCUCACGUUUCUAGGUUGAUUUUGUUCUCCUGCCUCCUCUCAGCAGCCAGGGUUGUUGAUAUCGAGCAAACAUCAUGUUGGGGUGGAAGGCUCCACCCCAUCUCAGCCUGCUGGGGCUCAAAGCGUGCAUUCCUCCCAUCCCCUUUCUUACAGAUGAGGAAGCUGAGGCUCAGAGAAGGAAAGUGAUUCACUCACGUCCUGUGGUCGGAGUCCAGGAACCAGGUGGUCAGCCGCCAGGCCCAUGCCGUGAGGCCCGGAGGUGCCCCGCCGCCACCAGCAUGCCUUGGGACGCAGGGCUGCCCGGGGGCGGUGCCGACGGCGGGCCUGAGGGUGCGGGCGCGGCGCGCUCCCGGGCGCAGAAGCAGUGUCGCAAGUCCUCGUUCGCCUUUUACCAGGCCGUGCGCGACCUGCUCCCCGUGUGGCUGCUCGAGGACAUGCGCGCCAGCGAGGCUUUCCACUGGGACGAGCGCGGCCGCGCCGCCGCCUACUCGCCCUCCGAGGCGCUGCUCUACGCGCUCGUGCACGACCACCAGGCGUACGCGCACUACCUGCUGGCCACGUUCCCGCGGCGCGCGCUCCCACGCCAGCGCCGCCUUUUGCUGCUCGACCUGCUGGCGCUGUACGCACCCGCCGGUGCUGCCGGUCCUGCCCGCCGAGAGCUACUGGGGGACCGGCCUCGUUGGCAGCGGCUGCUGGGCGAGGACAAGUUCCAGUGGCUGGCGGGCCUGGCGCCACCCUCGCUCUUCGUGCGCGCUAUGCAGGUGCUGGUCACCGCCAUCUCACCUGGACGCUUCCCCGAGGCCCUGGACGAGCUGCCGCUGCCGCCCUUCCUGCAGCCGCUGGACCUCACGGGCAAGGGCUAGACCUGCCGGGGGCGGGGGGGGCUCCCUUGGGCGCAGGAUUUUUGGAAAAUCUAUUUUUCAAAGCGUUGUACCCAGCACUUUACAUAUACUGAUCUCUGUAUGGGA